UUUAAAUCACUAUUUCUGGUUCUUUAAUUUAUGUAAGAAUUGUGAGCUUUGUAUAAAAACACAAUAGUUUUUUUCCUUAUUUCCAACAGAUCUAAUAACGAUAUGACUAUUUCCUUUUUUACUUAUUAUGCUUACUUAUAAGUUUGCCUGUUUCCAAGACCUGUCAAACAAAUCGACCUGUGCAGACAAGAUGGCGGACACCGAUGAGGAUGUUAUUUCUAGUACCGAACAAAACUGUAAUAUUAUUGAAAAUGAAUUGAUAGUUUUAUAUCAACGGUGUCAAAAUAAUAGAAAAUCUUCACGGCAAAUCCGAAAUGCAGCAAAACUAUUUUUAGAAGAGGUCGAUCCCAAUGAAAAACGGUUAAAACAACACAGUGUUUUGUUUCCAUGGUUUUUCAUCGUGACAUGUUCAGCUGUCGUCAUCGGGGUGUUACUUCUCAACGACGAUGUAUAUAGACUUGCAACGUCAAGCUGGCGAAAAUCUUUGAUAAAGGUUUUGCCAGUUUUUGACUGGGCAUCAUUACACUCUGUACAAUGCCUUAUUCAUAAUCCACUGUCGAAAAAUGGAAUGCGGGAGCUCCAACUUAAGAAUUGUGAGGUGUGUACAAACAUCAGAAAAGUGAGCGUUCUUGAAGAUCACACUGCUGGUGAGUUAAUAGAUCAAUUUAUUGACAGAGAUGAGCCAGUACUGGUGCAUAGGGUGGCUUCUUUGCAACCUUCAAUAUCUGUUCAGGAAUUAACAGAACUUUUUGUUGACAAUGACCUUAUGAGCAUAUACACUGGGUGUGAGUUUGAAAGCAACCUGCCCUCACACGAGGUACGAAACCAGAGGGCACUGCUAAUGGGAAUAAGAGAUGGAAGGAUAUAUAGCUAUUAUGCACGCUGGAGGAAUUGUUUUGCUGAAGCUGCCAAGUUGUUCAGGCAAGUAUACCGAAGACCAGAGUAUAUUCCAGCAUCCGUGGAACUCUCUCCUUCCAAUUGGGUGUUUAUUUGCUCUGAAUUCACAGAUCGCAGAACACUAGAAAUGCCUGUGCAGGACGAAUUCAUGGUGUUGGCCCAACUAUUGGGCAGUAUGGAGCUGGCUUUAACGCCAAGAGAACCUUGCAAGGGCAACUGCACACAGAUAAAGGCCACUCUAAAUCAAGGAGAUACAUUACUGCUUACGGACUUUUUCUACGAUCUAGAGUACAUCACCUGCACUAGCGACACCAGCAUCACUGUCGGGCUCGUCGGCAAAAUUGACCUUUAAGUCAGACAGGAUCGGGUAAACAGAUUUAGGAAAUGAGUUUUGAUUCAUCACUCAUUUUUGGCAAAAAACAAAUACUUUACGUUAUUUUCCGUAGCAACACAGAAUUUGCCUAUGAAUAAUUAUAAUGAAACAAUAUGUUAAAAUAUUUAUGUUUCUAAUCAGAUCUGACAAAUCUGUUUGUUGUGGAAAAUACCGGUACAUUUUACUAGGCUACAAUUGAAUUGUGUAUUUUGAUUUGCCUUGUGUAUUGUGACCUUUCACACCAAUUUUUUAUAUAGAAUAUUACGCAAGUGUUUUUCUGGAAUUACACACAAUCGUGCAUAAUAGUUAAAAUACAUGAGUGAGCUUUUAAUAUAAUCCAAGGUCGAUAUUUUAUUGUAAUGCGAUGUAAGGCCAUUCCAAAAGCCAGAACUUAACUAUUUUAUGCAAUUUCGCAUUGGAUCACUCGUACACAUUCAAUGGUGUUGAUCGAUGUUUACUGCUUAGUUAACCCUAUACGUAAUCUACAAAUACUAUCAGUAUCCCUUAUCUUCAAAAAGUCAUGCUGGAAUUGACACUAGUGAGUUAGUUGCAUGUGAUAAUUUUGUAUUCUUGUAUUUGUAAUAUUGACGCUAUGUUUUCAUAACAUUAUUGAGGAAGUAUCAUGAUUUUACUUUAUCUGUUUUUUGUUUAGGAACUUUAAUUUCAAGACUUUUACAUACUGUCUUCAGUGGUCAAUUCAUGUGCUAUUUUACUUUGUCUGUUUUCCAUUAUGAAAGAUUGCAAUAAACUGCUAAUGAAUGUG